AUGGCGGACGAUCUGGAUGCUGAGCUGCUGGCGCUGGCGGGGGAUUCGGAGGAAGAAACCUCUCCCCAGCCAAAAGACUCCCCAGCACACUCUCGUUCUUCCCGCUCUCCACAACGAGACCACUCUCCCGCAAACAUGGGUCGCAAGGGAACCGCCAAACCGAUUCGCCGCAAGGCCGUGAAAGAGGAGGACGGCGAGGUAUCGGAUGCCGACUCUGCCCCCAUGUCCGAGUCCGACUCUGAAUCUGAAGGCUCAGCCGUUGUGGACGAGGACGGUCCCAUCUUCCCUUACGACAAGCUGUACUACUCGGCCCAAGACAAGAUGGAGAUCAUGGCCAUGCCCGAAAUCCAGCGUGAGGAACUGCUGUCUGAGCGUGCGCAGCAGGUCGAUCGCCACAACCAGGACCUGGCGCUGCGCCGUCUCUUGGCGUCGCGUGAGCGUGACGAAGCCCGUGCCGCUGCGAAGAAAUCCAAGCGCAAGGCUACCUCAGCAGGGCUAGAUGAGAACCAGCGCAAAAGUUCCCGCCAGAAGACUACACUGGGCGGCCGCAAGGUUGGAGAGACGUCCGACGCCAUUGAAGCCUACAAGCGCCAGCGCGAGCAGAAGGGCAAACGUGAUGAAGCCCGUCGCCGUGAUCCUGUGCAGCCAGGACGUCGUGCUCGCUCCAGGCUCUCCGUCUCUGAUGACGAAGGCGAAGCCGACAGUGAUUUCGAACUGGACAACCGUAUCGAUCGCUCCCCCUCCGCUCCCAAGGACGACCCUCCUGCUGAUCUCCGGGAUAUCGACCGGGCCCGUGUUGGUCGCAGCAACUUUGCUCAGGUCUGCUUCUACCCUGGAUUCGAAAAUGCCAUCACCGGUUGCUACUCUCGUGUCAACAUCGGCCCCAACCGCGAGACCGGUCAGAACGAAUACCGCAUGUGCUUGAUUACUGGCUUCGCUGACGGCAAGCCCUAUGCCAUGGAGGCUGCGAAUGGCCGCCCCUUCAUUAUUGAGAAGUACGUGAAAUUGGCUCAUGGAAAGUCUGUGCGGGAAUUUCCUUUCAUCGCCUGCUCAGAUUCGCACUUCACCGAGGCCGAGUUCAACCGCUACCACAAGACCAUGGCUGUGGAUGAUUGCCGGAUGGCCACCCGGUCUCGCGUGGCUGCCAAGGUCGGCGACAUCAACCGCCUCAUCAACCACAAGUUCACCAAAGAGGAGCUGAGCGAGAAGCUGCGCAAGCAGAACCAGUACGACCCCAAGCGCAACCUGAUCAAACGCAUGGAUCUCGAACGCGAGGUGAAGCUCGCCCAAGGGGACGGAAACACUGAGAAGGCCGAGUCCCUGCAGAAGGAGCUGGACCAGCUCGUCAACCCGACGCUCUCGUGGGGCACGUCGCUCUUCAACGCCGCGGCCGAGAAGCCCGCUGAAGCGGACAAGGUCCACCAAAUCAACCUGCGCAACCAGAAGCUCAACUACGAGAACGUCCGCCGUGCCCAGCUCGAGGAGCGCAAGGCCGCCCGUAAGGCCGCCGCUGCCGUUGCUCGCGGUGAGGCCGCUGCCGAUCCGUUCAUGCGCGUGCGCACCAUGGCCAAGACACAUCACGACGUUAGCGGGAAGAUCCAGCAGCCCCUGAAGCCUGCGGAUUCGACUCCGACCGACACGCCUUCGCCGGCUACCAAGGUGGCCAACACCGCUAGUCCCGCACGCGUGGCUACGCCCGGCUCCAGCCAGACUCCCAAGAAGUCCAAGAGCGGAUUCAUGAUCAGCUACCGCAACACGGAUGACGAGAACAUCGCGGCUCUGGAUAUGGACAUUGAUAUUGACAUCUAA